CCUUGCAGUUGCUUUGCUGUGAUAAACAGUUGAAAAUAAUUAUGACCUUUUUAUGCCUCAAGAGGUGGUGUUGUUUUGUUUAUAAGAGUCGUGUGCGUGUUAAAAAAGGCUACUUACCGAAAUGGCAAAGUUUUUCACAUUACAGCGCUAUGACUGGGAGUUCAGCAGUUAAUUUAGCUUAUGAAAGUAUAGAUGCAACUACUGAAGGGGACGAUUUACCACCUAUAGUCAUUUUACAUGGCCUGUUUGGAUCAAAAACAAACUGGAGAACACUGGCCAAGUUAUUUAACAGGGAAACUGACAGAAAGGUAGUUACUGUUGAUGCAAGAAAUCAUGGACAAAGUGAUCAUAGUCCAGACAUGAACUACUUUGAUCAGUCUCUGGAUUUAUGGCAUUUGUUUCAAAAACUGGAACUUUCAAAAGCAAUUUUAAUGGGUCACAGUAUGGGAGGAAAAACUGCCAUGACAUUUUCUCUGUCUCAUCCAGAGUUUGUGGACAGCCUUAUAGUAGUAGACAUGUCCCCUACAAAACUGUCUUUAGAUGAAGAUAUUCCACGUUAUCUUGCAACAAAGCGGGCUAUGGAUUUAAAUCUCAUCAAGGAUAAGAAAGAUGCUGAAAAGAUGUUAAUGGAUGUUGUACCUAACGCAUUCUUGAGGUCAUUCUUUCUCACCAACCUUAUAAAAAGUGCAGCUGGUUUUAAGUGGAGAAUUAACCUUGAAGCCUUGGAGAAUAACAUAUCUGAAGUUGCUGGUUUUCCAUCAAAUUUUCCUCACCAACAGUUUGAAGGAAAGACACUUUUUGUUGGUGGAGCUAAAUCAGACUACAUCCAGCUAGAGGAGUUUCCUGCAAUUCGCAAACUGUUUCCCAGAGCAGACAUUAAGUAUAUUCCUGAUAGUGGUCACUGGCCUCAUUCAGAAAAACCAAAAGAAUUUGCACAGACCGUGAUAGAAUUCCUAGAUGAAUGUUUACAGGAUCAUCAUUAGCAUUACUUGAAAGUACUUGUAUGAUCAUGUCACAAAUACCCACAGGAACAAUUGCUCUUUGAUUUUCCUGUAUAUUUACACCUCUUUAGUAAGAGCUUCAAGAUAACAUUCAUAUUUAUGAAAAAAUUUUUUUUAAAUGCAUACAAAGUAUUUUGUUAAAAAUAUAUAUUAUUGCCACUGUAGGCUUAAUUUUAUCUUGGGUGUUUGAUCAAGAAUAUUUAAAUUCAGGUAAUGCAAUGACCAAAAUUAUUUGUGCUUGUUUCUAGUCAGAGUAAUAAAAUAUUAUGUUUUUAUGCAUAUGAAUAAAGCUCAUUUGUCAAAAUCAA